CAGACCGUACACUUCGUCGAGAGCGGUGGUUAAGAGCCGAUUGCUUCUCUGCGGUACUGCGCCGCAUCAGGCACCGGUAAUCAAGACACGCGAGUGUGUUCCCUCGACCUUCGUCUGCUUUUCUUCAACCACACGGUCCAUACAACGCGCUGCUGCUGUUGCCGCAAAGCAGAACCGCACUGGAAGGACUUGCGCACCCAGCAUGCGGACACUGUUCCUGCUCGCUGUGGCUGUUGCCCAUGUCGUUGCCGUUCCGCCUGCCCCACCAGGACGAACUCCUGUGACCACGCCCACACCUCAGGCUUCAUGGAGACGGUUGUCGAACUGGGCGAUCGCGAAAAUAUGGGGCAAGUGUAAGAGCAAUGGAAAUGCAAAUCGUCUGGCUACUGUCUUCCACGACACGUCAAGUGGUGGUUCAAGACGAGCUUGGUCGCGAUAUGGGCAAGACAUCGUACUACGAUUCAAUAUUUCGACGGCAGAGGAUGCUAUCGCCGUCGGCGAUGCCUCUCGAGAUCUUUACCUGGACGUCUGGGAGUUCAAUGACAAUUGGGUUGACGUGCGACUUGCGAAGAAUGACGUCCCUAUCCUCCUUGCUCUCCUGCCUCAAUCGCUUCAAAAUGCGCACAUGCCGUUGAUGCCACAUGUUGGUCUCGCAGAUAUCAUCUCGCAGUCGCUCCCGACCUCGCAUGCCCCAUUUGCGGCCACGCUAGAACCACACUCCAAGGAUCUUUUCUUCUCGGACUAUCAACCAUUGUCCGUCAUUUCUCCCUGGCUGCGUCUUAUGUCCUCCAUGUUCCCUACACACGUGCGCUUAAUAAACAUAGGAGUCAGUUGGGAGGGCCGCGACAUCCCCGCGCUUCGAGUGGGUGUGCACCCCACAAACGACGAAUAUGGCGCGACACCACGCCGGACGAUUGUUUUGACCGGCGGUAUACAUGCGAGGGAGUGGAUCAGCAUCAGUACCGUGCUAUACGUUGCCAAUGCCGUCAUCACGUCGUACGGAAAGGAUCGAACGUGGACAAAUCUCCUCGAGUCCUUCGACUGGAUCUUCAUCCCCACUCUCAAUCCGGACGGAUAUGUCUACACAUGGGAAACGGAUCGGCUGUGGCGCAAAAAUCGCCAGCCGACAUCUCUGCGCUUCUGCAGCGGCAUUGACUUGGAUCGGGCCUUCGGAUUCGAGUGGACUGGCGAUGCGUCCGGUGGGAACCCUUGCGCCGAGAGCUUCGCGGGCGAGGAACCAUGGCAGGCCGCUGAAGCGCAAAGAUUUGCAGCUUGGGCGCGCAACGAAACUGAAAGCGGCAACACAGAAUUUGUGGCGCUGCUAGAUUUGCACAGCUACUCGCAGCAAGUUCUGUACCCUUACAGCUAUUCUUGCGAGGCUGCUCCACCGACACUAGAAGACCUUGAAGAAAUUGCACUAGGAUUAGCAAAGGCGAUGCGCAUGACCAGUCACGGACGCUACUACAAGACCACAUCGGCUUGUGAAGGCAACGUGGCUGUGGCAGAAGAAACCGGAAGGAAAGAAGUCCUACCUAGGAUCGAAUCCGGCGGAGGAAGCCUUCUUGACUGGAUGUACCAUGAUUUGAGAGUGAGAUAUGCUUAUCAGAUCAAGCUCCGCGACACAGGCAGCUAUGGCUUCUUGCUGCCCAAAGAAAACAUUGUGCCGCAGGGAAAGGAAGUCUUGAAUGCAGUCACGUAUCUUGGGAAGUUUUUGACUGGGCAGAUUGGAAUGGAAGAAGAAAAUGCUCAAAUUCGUGACCCCGAAACGAUGAGCGAAGUGUUAGAUCUCACUCAAGCUGCAUAUGGGAUUGUGAAGGAAGUUGAAAGAGCUGGCAACCUUCCAGCUGAACCGGUCAUCGCCGAUUCAAAACAAGACAUGGUAUGGGAACUGAGAAGACGGCGGUAAAAAGCUCAUCUUGCUUUCGUUGUGUGUAUAUUUUUUACGAGUAAUUUGGACAAGCUUACACAAUGCUUCUACCUAUGUGCGCUUUCGAGAACGUUCUGCCGUAAUCUCGAUUUGCAAUCACGCUGGCGCCCAUGUACGUAGUCGAACCCUGAGGCAUUGUCACCUGCCUCUGAUCAUGACUCUUGUG